AUGAACUCUGAAAUUUGUGAAUGUGGGAAAAAUCGUGACAAAUUGAAUAACACAAAUUGGACAAGGCACAUUAUUUCAUAUCGAAACCCAACAUGCAGUCAAAAUGAAGCACUGAACUCUGAACUAUUGUCUGAAAACAAUUUGAGUACAUGUACAUCUUCUGAUUAUACUAAAGAUACAGCCGAUACAGUUGGAAUGGAUGAAGAAGUGUCCAAUUCGUUAUCAACCAGUUUGUCAUUUAGCCAGAGUCCAAUCCUUACUUUGAAGUCACUCAUCAAAUUAUCAAUAGAUGAAAACCCAACAUGCAGUCAAAAUGAUGCCCUAAACUCUGAACUAUUAUCUGAAAACAAUUUGAGUACAUAUACAACUUCUGAUUAUACUAAAGAUACAGCCGAUACAGAAUACCAAGUUAAGGAUAGUGUGUUCCCAAAUGAUCCUGUUCAUUGGCCAGAAACCAUGUCAAAUGAAAUAUUAACAUACUUUGUGAAUCUCGGACCUUGUCAGCCAUUGCCUUCUGAUCUAAAAUACAACAAAUUCCCUACAAAAAACUAUGGAUCAGGAAAUAUUCGAUUAUUUGGUUUGGAUAAGGCAAAAAAAUCAUUUUUAUCUUCUAAAGGUACCUGUGAUUAUAGAAACAUUGCUAAAACAAUUCACCAUCACGAGUGUUUACCCGAACAUAUUCAAAUCAUCAUAGACACUACUACAGACGUGUCUACAUUAGAGCAAUUUACCUUUUUACUUAGAUAUUUAAAUGAUAAAGGUAAAAUUGAAGAAAGAUUAGUGGCAUUGGUAACUUCACCAGAUUCAACUGGAAAAGGAAUGUAUGAAGUAUUUUGUAAUAUAACAGAAAAAUAUAAUAUUAAUUGGAAAAGAGAUUUGUGUGCACAAGCUUACGAUGGAGCAGCUUCAAUGCAAGGCCAAUAUUCAGGAUUAAAAACUUUAAUACAAAAUGAAAACCCUAAUGCUUUAUAUGUGUGGUGUUCUGCACAUCUUUUAAACUUGGUAAUAGUUGAUACAUGUGACUGUUGUACCAAAACAAAGGUUUUUUUUGGUGAUAUUAAAGCAUUAGUUGAGUUGAGCACGAAAAAUAACUGCUACUUUUUAAUUACAGUAGUAUAUGAAAAAUAUGCUGCAUUAUUACAAUCAUUGAAUGCUAUUGCUUCUGCGGAAGAUUCUGAUCGUGAAUCAAGUUCAACAGCCAAAAGUUUAUCAAUGAGAUUAUCUUCUUUUGAAUUUAUUAUAGCCAUGAAUUUAGUUAAAACUAUAUUUGCAAUUACUACUCCAGUUUCAAAUUACCUUCAAUCUAAAUCAAUUGAUUUUAUAGAAGCAAUUAAUCUUGUUGAUGUUGCUAAGAACCGUUUAAUUGAUCUUAGAGAUGAUGAUAAAUGUCAAAAUCUGAUAAAUGAAGCAAAAAGUUUUGCAAAAGACCAAAACUUAACAGAAAGGAACUUUAAAGAAGUCAGGUUGCGUAAAAAAAAAAUUAUGCCUGGAGAAUUGUCUAGAGAUGAAAUUUCUUCUACUGCUCAAGAUGUAUUUAGAAGUGAUGUGUAUUUUAAAGUGUUGGAUGUCAUUAUAAAUUCUAUUGAAUCAAGGUUUAAAGACUCUAGAGAGAUAAUGAAGGACCUUUGUCUACUUUCACCUGAACGACUUCUGUCUUAUAGUAAAAAGAAUAGUAAAAAAUUGCCUGAAGAUGCUUUUGACCAAUUAGCAAAAUGGAUACAUGGUAUAAAUUUACAAGAUUUAAGAGUAGAGUAUUUAGCUUUCAGUAGUAGUUUACAUGAAUUGGUCGUAGGACUUGAACCAAAACAACUACAUGAGAAUGUCAAGUGUAUACAAAGUUCUGAAGAUAGUGAUUCCAGUAUCACUAGUUAUGAAGAUGACACACAAGUAGUUGAAAAAAAAGUUAGUGUAGAAAGAAUUCUUCAUAUUUUGUCAAGUUACAACUUGAUAUCAGCUUUUCCCAAUUUGUACAAAGCUUGUAAGUCACUUGGUACAAUACCUGCUUCUUUUGCUUCAGCUGAACGUAGUUUUUCAAAGGUAAAAUUGAUUAAAACUCGCCUACGUUCCACAACUGGACAAGACCGACUUGAAAGCUUAUUGAUUUUGAGCAUGGAAAAGGAUAUUGAAAUCAAUUACAAUGAAGCCAUAGAUACGUUUGUCAUGACUUCAGAUGUUUUAAAAAAACAGUUGAUAUUUAAAUAA